UAAUUUUCUGUUAAAUUUUCUAUCGUUUUUAAUACUUAUGUCAGAAACGGAAGGCACGGAUUUAAAAGGAGUUGUUCGGCUUCGAAUAGAUAAAGUUGCUGAGCUUGGCGCAGAAGCAACAUUUUCACCAGCCGAGAAAAUUGCUAAACUUCCCUGGAGAUUAGAAGUACUGAAAACUGCAGGUGAAGGUCAGCAUUCUCCACCAACUCUAGCAGUUUAUGUAUGGUGCAAUUGGUUAAAUAAGUCUAAUAGUUGGUCAUGUAGAGCUAUUGUUAAAUUUAUAAUCAAAUCUCGCGAGUUGGACUUUGUCCGCAAUUUUGAACAUAAUUUCUGUGCUAAACAACCAUUUGUAAAUUGGACAAGGCUUUUGGAUCCUGGUAGUAGUAGCUAUUCUUCUUCACAUGAAAGUAAAGAAUAUGAAGACUCGUCUUUAGAGAUUGAAGCGCAAAUUUGUGUGAAAGAAAUUAUUGGAUAUGGCGUUCCAACAAAAGAAGACCAAAUGUUUGUGAAUGGGAAUAUAUUUGUUGUGAAUAAAUUUCUUCUUGCUGCUCAUUCUCCAUAUUUUCGAGCGUUUUUCUUCGAGGAUCGCUUCCGCGAGUGUCAGACACAAACAUUUGAAAUUAACGAUAAAGAAGUUGAUGUGGAUAUGUUUGGUAUAAUGCUAUCUUGUAUCUACCCUGAUAAUGGGAAGCCUAAUGACAACAAUGUUGAAACCAUUCUUCAAUUAUGUGAUAAAUACGAUCUGCAAGUGGUUAAAGAACGCUGCGAACGUUUUCUUAUAGAAGAUAGUCGAAAAUGUUUUGUUUUUAAGUACAGAAUGGCCGAGCAAUAUGGGCUUAGUUCUUUAAAGUGUCAUUGUUUUAAUUCAAUCAACCCAAAUGAAUUUUGCGCUCGUCUACUUGAAAAUAUCGCAGAAUUCUCUGAACUCAAUCCAAACUCUCAGAAAGUUCUUGAUUUCCAUCUGGCUAAAGUUUCUGAAUCUGAGAAAAGUGAACACAAUUUGGCUUCAAUUCUUCAGAAUGGAUUGUUAAUGAAGCAGAUGCAACAAAAUAAAAUUAUUUAAGGCAUAAUUUUUAUUUUGUAAACCUCCCCAUCUAUUUUCCCCUCUACCUAUGGAAAUCCCCUUGAUUUUUCAGAUUUUUUUAUAGACUGAUAUAUUUUUAUUUUAUUUGUCAUUUCUUUAUUUCCACCCAUAUAUUUUCGAAUUGAUUUUAUAUUUACAUGUUUUUUUAAUUUAACUAGAAUAAUAAAUAUGUUUGAAGCUUUUUGUUUAAUAUACAUAUUUGUUAUGGAAAGCAUAAAAAUUUCCUUUUUGUUAGCGCUUUUUUUCAUUGACCUUUUUUCUUCCACAAAACGGUUU